GGCUAUUUAUCACUGUAUCAAUCGAAACUCCGAUGAGACCAGCGCUUCGGUUCGCCCUCUUCUUUUCCGUCUCCACCACCAGCUUCUCUUUCACCCGUCUUCUUCCUCGAAAUAUUCACCUCUCCUCACCCCUUCGUUUCUCCUUACACCUCCACAGCUUCUCUAGCGGUUCACCGCCGCCAAUGGGAAACACCACUCCAUCUGAUGCCGCUGCAACCGUAGUUGUAGCUGGUGGCUUAGAUGGCGACGGCGGCGUUCAGGAACCAUCCAUUCCAUUCUCUUAUUCCAUGGAGACACAGUUUGAGCACUUCCGCGCCCAGAUGGAGGAGUCCGGCAACAUUCGUGAGCGAAUCCGAUCAGUGGCGUCGGAGAUAGAGGCCACCCUUCGGGUCAUGCACGCAGGUCUCCUGCUGGUGCACCAGUCUCUCCCUGCCCCAGAAGUAUUAAAGAAGGCUAAUGCUCAGAUUGAGGUACUUAGGAUUCUCUAUGACCGGCUUGCUCAGAUUCUUAUUGAGUGUCCUGGGCAAUAUUACAGGUAUCAUUCUGAUUGGAGGAGCGAGACACAGACAGCAGUUUCUUUGUUAGCUUUUUCAUAUUGGUUGGAGACGGGAAGUCUACUGACCCAUGCGGAGGCUGAGAAUGAGCUUGGAUUGGAUGCUUCUGAAUUUGGCCUGGACAUUGAAGAUUAUCUUACAGGUCUAUGCUUUAUGUCCAAUGAAUUGCCCAGGUACGUGGUAAAUCAAGUUACUGCUGGGGACUAUGACUGUCCCAGAAAUGUGCUAAAAUUUUUAACAGAGCUGCACUCUGCUUUUCGGAUGCUUAACCUUCGCAACGACUUCUUGCGUAAGAAAUUUGAUGGCAUGAAAUAUGAUUUGCGAAGAGUCGAAGAAGUCUACUAUGAUGUCAAAAUCCGUGGUCUCGCACCAGCUGAAUCGACGACCUAAACUCUGAAUACUUGGAGAAAAUUGACCUUUCUGAGUUGCUCAACCUACUUGUCAGUGAUGAAAUGCAAAUGAGGUAAUUAUUUCACUCCUAGAACCACAGACAAAGUGGUUUCUGAAAGCUUUGAUAACAAAUGGUCUGGGCUUCCUUUCCAUGUUAAGGCUCAUUGUCUUCCCAAGCUUAUCAGAUCAAUGUGCUGACGAAAUUUUUAUCAAAUUGGAUAGUCUGAGCAAAAAUCAUGCUUAUGAACUGCUUCAUAUGGUAUUAGGAUAUAAUAAACUUAUGAAGUAUUCAGUUUAAUUUUUUUCUGAA